UAAAUAAUAUUAUUAUUUUUCUUUAUGAGAUUCAUUUGUGGCGGACGAUAUUUAAUUGUGGCGACCCGCCACAAUUAAAUCAAUGUAUGGGAAACACUGACAUAAAGAUGACGACAGACAUUUAAAGCUUUAUUUCAACAUCUAAAUAUAAGCUUUCAAUGUAAAAAAGAAAGUGACAUUCGGUUCAACCCUAUGCGUCAGUUACGCUAAUCCAAUGAUAUAAUGCAGUCAUUCUAUAUUUAGUUUUCUUUUGAAACUGCAAGUUUCUGCUACUAAAACCUUUCGGAUUUUGUUACUUUUAGAUCUCAAUACUUCCGUCACUGCCAUAUUUUCUUUGCUGAGACCUUUGUGAUGUGACCUGGUCAAGGUCAGCGGUUGCCGAAUGUUUACACCGAACAUCCAGCUAUGUAGCCGGAGGAGUGUGAAGUGGGUGGGCCCUGCGAUGAUGUGCUCACAAAGUCCACACUGUCCAGACAGUCCUGUGCACACCUAGUCCCACCCCUUCGCUCACCCCUCAGUAGCCUACCUCUGCCCCUGCUGCGCUCUCCUGUACUCUUCUCUUGCUCCUCUUCCAGGGUCAGCCACUCUUUUGAAGUUCGAGGAGUUCUGGAGACGCACAUCUUGUCCCUCGCAGCCACCAUGAUUCACAGCAGCAGUAUCCGCAGAUUCCUCCUCCUGGUGCUCCUCGGCCUCUUGGUAGCCUUUGUACACACAGACACAGUUGCAGACUCAUCAAUCAGAGACACCCAGGACACCACGUCAGGAGAACCACCCAGUGACGUGACCACCAAAGACCCUAACCAUGACACGACGGAGCAGUCCUUCACCUUCGACUACGAGGACAACACAGACUCUCCGGACCUGCUCGAUGAACAAUGGGUGCUGGGGCCAGGGGCCAUCACAGCCAUUGUUAUAGCCGUCUUCUUAGGAACUUCUGUCCUCCUCGCCCUCAUCGUCAUCACACUCAGAAAGUUCACCGCCUCCUAGAGUGAAAUAUCCCCAUCUUGUGUGCAUGUGUUUGUGUGUGUUUGUAUGUUCUCUUUUCCCUCUCAUCUCAGUCUCUCAACUCUUUUUUGCAGAUAUGAGUUGUGUCUUUUGCUUCCCUGUAGAUGCUAUAAAUUGUGGCAGGUCCCGUGACUGACUUACAGAUGUUUUUCUAUAAACACACUUUAAAUGUUCCUCAACAUGUCCACUUUUACUGCAGGUAUAAUGUUAGAAACUGGCUGGCUCUUCCAGUGGAAAUCAUAGCAUGUCCAUGUCAUUCAUUUUGUUUUUCCUCUUGAUCUUGCAUGCUCUAAAGGGGCUUUAAUGUUGUGGGCUGUCUAUUUGUACAUGAGGUGUGUGUGUGCUUUCGUCAGUGUCUGUGAUGUACUUUUUUCCUUCAAAAAGAAAGAUACACAUGAGGUUUGUUUAGUCUUAAACAAUAAUUAUGCCAAAAUCAUGUCUUAAAAUGUCCCUUGGUGUCACCCUUAUUAUACAAGUUUGUAUUGCACCAUUUACAAACAUUUGUAGAGUCCAAAUAAGAAAACAUUUAAGAAAGGCUUCUUCGGUGAAUGUAAACAGGGUAGUUUGGUUGUUGGUUUGUGCCUGCAGACCAAAUGUUAAGAUGAAUUUGUGUUUGCACUCAUGUGAGUAUUUGUAGGUUGUUUUUUUGUCAUGAUUUCAAUUGCAGGGGUUUGGAAAUUAUUUUAGAAACAAUUUUGCCUUUUUAUUUACGCCUAAGAGUCCUCAGCAUACAAAUGGAUAAUGCAAUGGUAAUAUCACUGCCAAAUCAUUUUGUGAUAUUUAAUAAAUAAAUAAAUCCAAUAAAUCAGAUGCCAAACGUC